GAAAAAAUUCGUGAAAAAAGACCCGGUAUGCAGAAAAAAAUCCUUUUUCAUCAGCACAAUGCACCGUGUCACAAGAGCAUAUUGACAAUGGCUAAAAACCACGAAUUAAAUUUCGCAUUGUUGGAGCAUCCACCGUAUUCACCAGAUAUGGGCCCUAGCCUACUUUCAUUUGUUUUCAGAACUCAAAAAAUGUAUGCGUGGCAAGUGUUUUUCAUCAAAUGAAGAGGUCAUAACGGCUGUUGAAGCAUAUUUUGCAAACCUUCCGGAUUCUCACUCAGAGAUGGGAUCCACAGAUUAGAAGAUCGUUGGAGCAAGUGUUAAUGUUCAGAGGGAUUAUACUGAAUAAUAAAGUAUAUUUUUUUAUCAUAAAAUUGUGUUUUCUUAUCAAACGACAAAACUCACCUCGCCGUUAUCCUUGCAAAUAGUUGUGUCGAAGUUGUGUGAUAACCUUUUUUGCACCAGCGAUGCGAUUCAAUACAUCGUUAUUGAUGAGUCCACAAUCUUCAUUGGUUGAAACUAACACAAUUGACUUCAAAAUUCUAUCUGAUAAAAUGGUUUCAUAAAUAUAUCCAAAAAUAUCAUAUACUUUGUUAAAUUCAAAACCUAUCAAAUUAAAUUUCAACUAAAUCUUUACCGUUGAAUGAGUCCCAAGUCGGAGAGUGUUCUCAUAGUUUGACUUUUUGGGAUUAAAAAACGGGAAUUUUGCCCAACGUGAUGCAUGAGGAACAACGGACAAUAUUUGUCUUAAACCUUCGCAUAGUAAUACAAACCUUCCAUAAAAAAUACUUUUAUUUUUAAUCUUCACAUAAGUCGUAUCAAUACGUUUUAUCACUUGAAGCGGUCACAUCGAAAUUCUGGCAUAACUACUAAUUUUUUAUAUACGGUAGUACAUCCGAUUUAUGAGCACUUUAAAAAGAUUAUGGACCGUCUUUACACCAAUCAAUAAUGUGGAGCCAAUUCCACUAAAUGCACAGGAAAUAACGGGUGAUUUUUUUGAGGUUAGGAUUUUCAUGCAUUAGUAUUUGACAGAUCACGUGGGAUUUCAGACAUGGUGUCAAAGAGAAAGAUGCUCAGUAUGCUUUGACAUUUCAUCAUGAAUAGACUUACUAACGAGCAACGCUUGCAAAUCAUUGGAUUUUAUUACCAAAAUCAGUGUUCGGUUCGAAAUGUGUUUCGCGCUUUACGUCCGAUUUAUGGUCUACAUAAUCGACCAAGUGAGCAAACAAUUAAUGCGAUUGUGACCAAGUUUCGCACUCAGUUUACUUUAUUGGACAUUAAACCAACCACACGAAUGCGUACAGUGCGUACAGAAGAGAAUAUUGCGUCUGUUUCUGAGAGUGUGGCUGAAGACCGUGAAAUGUCGAUUCGUCGCCGUUCGCAGCAAUUGGGUUUGUGUUAUUCGACCACAUGGAAGAUUUUACGCAAAGAUCUUGGUGUAAAACCGUAUAAAAUACAGCUCGUGCAAGAACUGAAGCCGAACGAUCUGCCACAACGUCGAAUUUUCAGUGAAUGGGCCCUAGAAAAGUUGGCAGAAAAUCCGCUUUUUUAUCGACAAAUUUUGUUCAGCGAUGAGGCUCAUUUCUGGUUGAAUGGCUACGUAAAUAAGCAAAAUUGCCGCAUUUGGGGUGAAGAGCAACCAGAAGCCGUUCAAGAACUGCCCAUGCAUCCCGAAAAAUGCACUGUUUGGUGUGGUUUGUACGCUGGUGGAAUCAUUGGACCGUAUUUUUUCAAAGAUGCUGUUGGACGCAACGUUACGGUGAAUGGCGAUCGCUAUCGUUCGAUGCUAACAAACUUUUUGUUGCCAAAAAUGGAAGAACUGAACUUGGUUGACAUGUGGUUUCAACAAGAUGGCGCUACAUGCCACACAGCUCGCGAUUCUAUGGCCAUUUUGAGGGAAAACUUCGGACAACAAUUCAUCUCAAGAAAUGGACCCGUAAGUUGGCCACCAAGAUCAUGCGAUUUAACGCCUUUAGACUAUUUUUUGUGGGGCUACGUCAAGUCUAAAGUCUACAGAAAUAAGCCAGCAACUAUUCCAGCUUUGGAAGACAACAUUUCCGAAGAAAUUCGGGCUAUUCCGGCCGAAAUGCUCGAAAAAGUUGCCCAAAAUUGGACUUUCCGAAUGGACCACCUAAGACGCAGCCGCGGUCAACAUUUAAAUGAAAUUAUCUUCAAAAAGUAAAUGUCAUGAACCAAUCUAACGUUUCAAAUAAAGAACCGAUGAGAUUUUGCAAAUUUUAUGCGUUUUUUUUUAAGAAAAGUUAUCAAGCUCUUAAAAUAUCACCCUUUACAUCGAAAGAUUCCGGUAAUUUAAUUUACGAAUUAUAAUGUGUGUGAAUGUUUUCCGAUAACCACAAGCAAUACACAUUUGAUCCGGUACCGUGAUACUGAACUUCUACAAUAACUUGUGUUUCCCUACUCACAUUUUAAUCACUAAUUUUACUUAGUUUAUUUUUCCUAAAUAAAAGAAGCGAUUGUAUUUGCAUACACACCUGUAUGUAUGGGAUAUCUCAAUGGGGUUUUAUUAUAAAAGUUAAAAAAAGCGAAAAUUGUAAAAUUAGAACUCCGGUAGAAGUUGGCGUAAAUGCGCACCGAUCGCUGCUGAUGUCGAAAACCAACCAGAGAACGUAAAGUAUUGAGAAGGUGCAAAUCGAAAUCUGUAUGAUGGUUCGAUUGCGCGGCUAACAAAGCUGAUAGAAUCAGAUCAAGGAAUUCGCCGUUCUCGCUGCUAUUUAGCAGAAUUGAGGACGUGCAGUGGCAGAAAUAUAUCGUCAUCUGAAAUGCAAAAUAACGUAACAACAUUUUCGGAAAUUUACAGUGGCAUGAAUGAAACAUGACAUAAAAUGGAACAUGAGUGAAAAAAAUUUUUAAUAUUGGUUAAAACUAGUUUAUAUCUGAGAGCAGUACCUGAAAAUGUUGGACCUAUGUGAUAUUAUGUAUAUAAUUUGAAUGAAACAUAAUCAAUAAGACACUCGAUUUCGAAUUUUUUGAUGAUACGCUAUUUUGCAUUUCAGGUGACGAU